AAAGAACACACGUACAUCUGAGCAAACAGACCCAGAAAGAGAAACUGCCCUCUUUUCACAUCCUCAUUCCUCACUCUCAAAAUUCUCCAUUUCCCAAUUGUCCUUCAUCUUCUUCUCUUCCAUUUUCCCCAAUUCCCCCACCUUCCUUAAUCCUUCUCUCUCAAAACCCACCAUGCCUCAUUCUCCAUAACACUCUAUUUCCAAUUCCAAUUCCAACCCCCAGAACCCACAAAUGUCCUCCGAAGACAUCAAUGGCCUCAACUCCCACCUCGUCUUCCAAGACGAAUCCCUCCCUUUCAAUUGCUCCUCCACCCCCCAUCGUCGCCUCCCCGACCCACCUCCCAAAACCCGCGAACUCUGCGGUUUCAUGGACGACAAGCUCUUCCCUGCCGUCGACCGUGACCGAUUCUUUUCCCAACAGGGUGAGGAUUUCCGCCGGAAUGUGUUCGGUCACAACCGGAAUUGGAAUGGGACUGCGAGAACUGGAAGUGAGGAAGGAUCGGAUGAGGAGGAGGAGGAGGAGGACGACGACGACGAUGAAGAUGAAGUCGAUGAUGGCGAUGAUGGUGUUAAAGGGCUUGUUUCUUUGGAUGAUGUUAAUAAGUGUAGUAAAACUGCUAACCCCAUUUGCAGUAACAAUGAUAGAAGUGAUCAGAGUAGUGGGGGGUUGAAGAAUGGGACAGACAAAUUGGGAAAUGGGAAGCGUAAGCAGCAUUCUUCUUUUGUCAAAGAUGCUUUGGCUGGGUCUUCCGGAGUAACUCAGAGUGAAAACAAUCCGCAGGGAAGGCUAGGGAAUUAUCCAAAUGCGGUUACAGCUGCAGAGCCUGAUAGUGAAGCUUAUUAUUCUCAGUAUUUGCAAAGCAAUGAAGGCUCUGCUUCUGAGCAGAAGGAUUUGAGUAUCGAAAAUGGAUGUGGUUUUGGGAGAAGGGAUGUUUCGUUUUCAGGAGAGCCUAGAGAGUCUUUGAGAGCAAUUCUCACUGACCCUGUGACGGGUGCUCUCAUGGACGAUGCAAUGAUAUUGCCGUGUGGGCAUUCCUUUGGGAGUGGUGGAAUACAACAUGUUCUUAGAUUAAAAUCUUGUUACUCGUGCUCUCAGUCAGUUUCUGAAGACUCUAUUGCCCAAAACUUAUCUCUUCAAGCUGCAGUCCAAGCAUUCCGCCGCGAAGAAGAAUUAUUAUUUUACCACUCACCGAAACGGAGAAGGGAGAGGUUUGAGCAGGAAAAGGGUGGUUAUGGUGAUUUGACGCUCAUGGAUACUCAAAGAGGUCGAGGUGUUCAGUUUCCCUUUGCGGUGACAGAUAGGGUAAUUAUUAAGGGGAACAAGAGGACGCCGCAACGUUUUGUGGGACGUGAGGCUGUUGUUACAACACAGUGCUUGAAUGGAUGGUAUGUGGUGAAAACGCUAGACAAUGCAGAGAGUGUAAAGUUGCAGUACCGCUCACUUGCAAAGGUUCAAAAUGAUGCAACAUCAAAGAUGAUAACAAGGAAGAUGAUGCCAAAUUGGCUCUAGCCUUGCAAUGUAGAUUAUAGGAACUUGGAACUAGAGAUGCAAUAGGAGCCUAGUUUUUCGAGGCUCAUUAUGUUGUAUGUAACACAAAGAAAGGGAGUUGAUUCGUAGGUGUUGUAAAUAUACUUAAAGCAUACCCUUUCAAUAGUUGAGUUUGAGGAGAGAUAGAAUUGAGUUAUGAGAUAGGAAAAUAAAUAGUUUAGUUUUUCUAUAUCAGGUGAUUAGCAUUGUAUUUAAGUUUCACUUCCUCCAUUCAUUGUAUUUAAGUAAAGAGGUUCACCUAAAUUUUGAGACUUAUUGUAAUGGAAUUUUGAUAGUGUGUGGUUUGGAGGAUUAGAUCAUUUUUCAACUUUCACUUCCUCCAUUCAUUUGCCUCUCA